ACAACUCAACAAGUAAACAUCAAAAUGUCUUCUGCCGCUGCCAACUUCAACGACAACAUCAUCUUCGCUGCCAACAAAAUGACUUUGGUCAAGAAAUCUGAAUACACACCUUCAAAAGCCUUAAAGAAACUAUACAAAUCAUUGAAAAAGAUUUUUGUACAAAAAUCUACUCAAACUAAGGAUAUGCCAGUAGUCUACCAAACCUGUCUUACCGAGGAGGAACAUCAAAAUUAUCUAAAUGAAUUGCUAGAAGCUGAAGCUGAAUCCUUUGCCGCUUAAGAAUUGAAACAACAACACAAACUAAAUUUCACUGAAAUAUGUGAAGUGAAGAUUUGUUUGGGAACUUAACAUGGAAUUCAAGAAGUCUUACAACAACUAACUUAAGUCGGGUAUGACUAAAGCAACUGCUUCGAAAAAGGGUCUUAUAAGGUCGACUACUCCAAGAAAUAUUUAUGCUGUUUUCCUUAUUCUUAUAUAAAUAAGAAAAUAAUGUGAUAACAGUUGAUGCAGAAAGUUAUUCAAUAUUUAUAAUUUUUUUAUAAAAAAAGUUACAAAAUAAAAAUUAUAAUUUU